AUGAAGGCCCUGCUCCUGACGGCCGUGCUCGGCCUGGUUGCUGCCCUGUCCUUGGCCCUGGAACAUCAAGACAUCUCAGGAACCUGGUACGUGAAGGCCUUGGUGACUGACAAGGACCUGCUGAAGGACAACAGGCUCAGGAAGAUGUUCCCUGUGAAGGUGACAACCCUAGAAAAUGGGGACAUGGAAGUCACAAUCACCUUCAUGAAGGAAGAUAAAUGCCACCAGAAAACAAUUCUGAUGCAGAACACCGACAAGCCUGGCAAAUACACAUCUUAUGAGGGCAAGAUGUUCCUCCAGGUGCAGAAGCUGCUGGGGACGGACCACUUCAUGUUUUACUGUGAAGACCGGAGCCAUGGAAGGCUGCUUCGCAUGGUGCAGCUCAUGGGCAGGACUCUUGAUACCAACCCCAAGGCCCUGAGAGAAUUCAGGAAAGUUUUGCAGCACAGGUGGUUCCUGAAAGACGAGGACAUCUUCAUGCCCAUGCAGAUGGUUGGGGGCCUGAGCCACCUGCAUGUUGAGCUCUCAUCUGUAGAGGACCACCGCCUGUUUUACUGUGAAGGAGAGUUCCAGGAGGAAAAAUUCAGAGUAGCCAAGCUCGUGAGUCGGAAUUUAGAAGAGAGCCCAGAGGCCCUAAAGGAAUUUAAGGAAUUUAUUUGGCACAAGGGAUUGCAGGAGAAAGACAUCUUCAUCCCGGAGCAGACAGGCAACUCGGACCUGCUAUGA